GUAAAAGUAGGAACUGUUCUCUUAUAUAACUCGUGAUUUAAGUUCACAUGAUGUCGUUAUUUUAAAACCCGGAAAUACGUUUGUUGUAAAUGCAUCUUAUUUUUAAGACAUUGCAACUUAGACAAAAGUCAGUUUAGGGUCAAGACUGGCCCAAAAGGAAAACGGACUAACAAAAAGAUACGAGUAUAGCGUGUGUUUGAAACAGUAUGAUGAACUAUUCGGCAGCAAUUCUGGUGGUACUUUUUGCUUUCCUGGAGAAUGGAGUUGUUGGGGAGGAAUUGUCAGAUUACCUGUGGAAACAGACAGCAAAGUACCAUCAGGAAGCACUAGUUUCUAACUACAUACAGGGAAUCAGGGCUGUGUCACUCGAUCCAACUGAGUUUGGGGCCUACAAUGUCCAGGAUGCAGUGUAUGUUUACUGGUUCAAGGAAAGCAUUGACAUUGCAGCCGUCAGAACAACUGAUACAGCUCUUAAACAGUUUUUACAAAACAAAUCAAAAAGUCACGAUGUAGAAUACAAGAAGGCAUUUAAAGCAUGGCAUAUCAACGAUCCCAAUGGAAUCCAUCUAGGAAGUGCCUGUCAAAAUUACGUGAAUCACCUUGUUGAUGUUGCCAUGACAAUGGAUGGUAACUACCUUGUUACUGCAUUGAUACCAUGUGCUAGACUCUGGCCAUGGCUCGGCCAACAAAUUGGGGCAGAUUCAGGAAAGUUUGGUAUCUAUAACAAAUGGGUUCAGGAAAAUUUAAAUCCAAGCUAUACUGGGUACACGACAUAUGAACAGGUUAUUAACGAAGCAUUUGCAAACGGGACAAUAACUAAAGAGAAAGCACUGCAGGUCUAUGGGGAAAGCAUGAUGGGAGAAGUAGCGUUCUUCAAUUCCGUAUCUAAAACCAUCAGGCAAGGUCUCCAUGAAGAACUCUGAGGACAGCGGACUGUCGAUCUUAUUUUCUGUUCAAAAGGAAUUAAUACCAUGUCAUUCAAUACUGUCCAUGUUAAACGAACAUGAAUAAUUGUAGUUAGAGUACAUAUGCCAUGACUUUUCUAAACUUUAAAGAAUGUGACCCAUGCUGUUUGUUUAAGCAAGUUAGAAGAAAAAAUUAUACAAUGAUCAGAAUUUAAGAUUAUCUUAUAAUUUUCUAUUCAUUCAUUACUACAUUGUUAGAAGGAAUCAUAAAUUUCCAAAUUUA